GUCUUUUUCUCUUUCUUUCUUGUUGCUCGUUAUUUGAUUAUAUAAGCAUACUAUGUCAAGAACAAAAAAGCAGCCGAAACACAAUAAUUCGCGACAAGCAGCUGUUUCUUUUCUAUCAAAUAUCACAUUAGGAAACGAGACCGAUAAACUUUGUUUUUCACAUAAAGAUUUCUCCGUAAAGAAAACGAACAGUAACACAAUCUUUACUCGAUACGGGACCCUUUUAGUUGGAAGAGAUAAUGAUACUAUUUAUGUCGACACAAUAGUGAAAGAUAAUGAUGAAGAUGAGAGAGUUCCAUUGUCUACCAAAAGACCAACUUACUAUCAUCGAUUAUCAAGUAGUGAUAGCUCUGUUAUUGAACACUAUAAACUCACAAGACAAGACAGUAAACGCCCUAUUGCUUAUGAAAAAGUGAAAAAGAAAGUAGAGCAUAUGCUAUCACAAGAUGAAUCAAUACCACCUCACUCUAAGGGAUUCAUGGCUUUACUCACGUCUUAUAAAGGAAUAAUUCGACAAACAAAAGGUCGCUAUUACCUCCAUCCACAUCUUGUAAAUACUUCAUAUAAACAACAAAAAGGCAUAUCUUAUGGCUGUUUCUUAUCCAAUGACUCAAAAACACUUUAUGAUCCGUACUAUUUAAAUUAUGAUUUAUCAUUGGAGGAUAAGACAAACCAAAAAGAAGUCAUGAACCAACUAUUUCGUCAAUUAUAUCCAGAAAUCAAUAUUUCUUUUUCUAAAAUCAAUGCCAUCAAAUCCCAUUUACUCAAUAUUGCUCUGAUCAUGGAUCUUGAGCUUUCGAGCCUGUCUCAUGCCUACGUUUAUUUUGAGAAACUAGUCCAAAAACAAGCUAUUAAUAAGGAAAAUCGCAAACUAAUAGCAGCAUGUUGUUUGUUUCUAGCCACCAAGAUAAAUGAACCAAAGGAUCUUAAAUUUGGCAAGUUACUCGAGACAAUGCAAACAGAGUUAAAUAUCGAUUCAACAGAUGUCAGAAACAAUGAAUUUGCAGUUUUUGCGGAUCUGGAAUUUGAUCUGUAUGUGCCUCAAAAUGAAUUUAUGCCACAUCUAGAUAAGAUUACUCGGGACUUGGGCAAGGAUGCUGCCAAUUAAAUCUGUUUUUUUUUGAACAGCCUAUAUUUUCCUUACUGCCUGGUUGGAACAUCUACAGUUGAAAUAAAGCAUUAUCUUGACUCAGCUCUACUUUGUGAGAGUCUUUCACAGUAAGUGUUUGUAUACCCUAUCUUACCUUGGCUGUCAGAGCGCUUCCUUAUCUAGAAUCAAUGUAUUAUUUGUUCUUGAAUCAUGCCAUUUGCGCUUUGACUAGAAUUCCUCAAUUGCAUUCGGAUGAGGAAAGUAAGGAAGGAGGUGCAGACAUCUUGCUUAUAAAAAGCGCCAAACAACGGGAAGAACAUUACUUGGCAAUGAGUAAUGCUUCAGCGAAAAAAAAUGGUCUAAAAAAAUACGCCAUUGUCCCAAUCUCGAGAUAAUGUAAUUAUAGCUCGUUGCUUUAUGUAAUAGGUGCACUUUAUCUUAUAAAAGGGUCUCAUUCAAUAAAAUAUCAUCUCUUUUUUUUGUACAUAA